AUCCGUCAGUCGUCAUUCGUUCGGCACUCCGGCAGUCUUUUUUGGUUUUCUUCCUAGCACGGAGUGUGCGAAGCCCGCGUGUGUUUGCCGGGAGUGUGAAAAUUUUUUGGCAUCCCACAAAUCCAGAAUUCAAGAAGUGGUGUUCCGGAAAGGAAGCGGUGUUCUAGUGACCGUGUGGAAAUCCGGUUUACGGUCCGGGCGUUUGUGUGAACUGCACGAGACGAGUGUCGGGCGGGCGUGUUUUGUGUCGUCGAUUCGGGAUCAGGACCAGGCAGGGGCCAUUAUUGUGGAGGCAAAGCUCCUCGGAAUUUCGAUUGGAUUAAAAAAACAGCAGACACGAAAGAUGGAUAACGCUAAAAUUUGCGAGCUGCUCCGGGCCACCAUCGAUCCGAACCAGCGGCUACAGGCGGAGGAACAACUGAACCAGGUUCACAAAAUCAUCGGCUUCCUGCCGAGCCUUCUGCAGGUGGUCAUGCAGAACGACGUGGACAGUCCGGUUCGCCAAGCAGGCGCCAUUUACCUGAAAAACCUGGUAACCAGCAGCUGGCAGGAUCGCGAGGCAGAACCCGGUGUUCCACUUCCUUUCUCCAUCCACGAGCAGGAUCGCGCCAUGAUCCGGGACACGAUCGUCGAGGCCAUCGUCCACGCCCCGGACAUAAUCCGUGUGCAGCUGUGUGUCUGCAUCAACAACAUCAUCAAGAACGAUUUCCCUGGCCGGUGGACCCAGGUGGUGGACAAAAUCAACAUCUACAUGCAAAAUCGUGAUGUCAAUGGAUGGACCGGAGCCCUGCUGUGUAUGUACCAGCUGGUCAAGAACUACGAAUACAAGAAAUCCGGCGAGAGGGCCCCGUUGACCGAAGCAAUGAACUUGCUGCUCCCUCAAAUGUACAAUCUAAUGAUGAACCUCAUCAACGACCCAUCCGAGCAGAGCGUCCUGAUGCAGAAACUGAUUCUGAAGAUUUUUUACGCCCUCACGCAGUACGCUCUUCCGUUGGAAGUUAUCACCAAGGAGAUCUUCUCCAACUGGAUGGAAAUCUGCCGUCAAAUUCUGGACCGACCGGCUCCCGAUUCGUCCCACAUCGACGAAGACGAACGACCGGAAAUGCCCUGGUGGAAGGUGAAAAAGUGGGCCUCCCACAUCGUCCUCCGAAUGUUCGAACGCUACGGCAGUCCAGGCAACGUGGUUUCCAAGGAAUACAACGAAUUUGCUGAUUGGUUCCUGCAGACUUUCACCAACGGUUUGUUGAACGUGCUGCUGAAGAUCCUCGAUCAGUAUCGCAACAAAGUCUACGUUUCGCCCAGGGUCAUGACCGAUACGCUCAACUACAUCAAGCAUGCGGUUUCCCAUGCUCACUCGUGGAAGAUGCUGAAGCCGCACUUCAUCGCCAUCAUUCAGGAUGUCAUUUUCCCACUGAUGUCCUACUCGGAGGCCGACGAGGAACUGUGGGAAGCCGACCCGAUCGAGUACAUCCGUCAGAAGUUCGACGUCUUCGACGAUUACACCACACCGGUUCCGGCCGCUGAAACUCUGCUGCACAAUUGCUGCAAAACUCGGAAAGGCGUCCUCCCGCAAGUUAUGCAGAUCAUUAUGCAAAUCAUCAACGCGCCUAAUCUGAACGCCAAGCAGAAGGACGGUGCGCUGCAUAUGGUCGGUUCGUUGGCCGAUGUAUUGCUGAAGAAGAAGGUAUUCAAGGACCAGGUCGAGAAUCUGAUCAUGCAGUACGUGUUCCCGGAGUUCCAAAGCCCCCAUGGACAUCUGCGAGCACGAGCCUGUUGGGUGCUACACUACUUCAGCGAAAUCAAGUUGAAAAACGAACAGGUUCUGGCGGAAAUUAUGCGUCUAACUGCGCACGCUCUGCUGAACGACAAGGAGCUUCCAGUCAAGGUGGAAGCCGCUGUUGCCUUACAAAUGUUCCUCAUCUCGCAGGAAGAUGCUCCCAAAUACCUGGAAAGUCAAAUCAAGGAAAUCACUAUGGAACUGUUGAAAAUUAUCCGCGAAACCGAAAACGAAGAUCUGACCAACGUAAUGCAAAAGAUUGUAUGCAUUUAUUCCGAUCAGCUGCUUCCGAUUGCCGUUGAUAUUUGCCAACACUUGGCAACGACCUUCAGUCAGGUGCUGGAAGCCGACGAGAACUCCGACGAACGAGCCAUCACGGCUAUGGGUCUGCUGAACACGAUGGAAACGCUGCUCAGCGUGAUGGAAGAACAUCCUCAGGUGAUGCUUUCGCUGCAUCCGAUCGUCCUGCAAGUGGUUGGCCACGUGUUGCAGCACAACGUGAACGAAUUCUACGAGGAGGCUUUCUCUUUGGUGUACGAUCUGACGUCCAAAUCGGUAUCGCCCGACAUGUGGAAGCUGUUGGAAAUUAUCUAUCAGCUGUUCCAGAAAGACGGCAUCGAUUACUUCGUCGAUAUGAUGCCAGCACUCCACAACUACAUAACUGUCGAUACGCCAGCAUUUUUGUCCAACCAGAACCACGUGUUGGCCAUGUUCAAUAUGUGCAAAACGAUAUUAACCGGCAAUGCUACCGAGGAAUCAGAGUGCAGUGCUGCCAAACUUCUGGAAGUGAUCAUCCUACAGUGCAAGGGUCAAAUCGACGAGUGCAUUCCUAGCUUCGUAGAGCUGGUCCUGACGAGGCUAACGCGAGAGGUGAAAACCUCCGAGCUCCGGACGAUGUGCUUACAGGUCGUCAUAGCCGCCCUCUACUACAACCCGCAGCUGCUCCUCUCAGUGUUGGAGAAGAUUCCUCUCCCCGCCAGUAACGAGUCGAUAGCGUCGCACUUUAUCAAACAGUGGAUUCACGAUUCGGAUUGCUUCCUUGGAAUUCACGACCGCAAACUGUGCGUCAUCGGCCUGUGCACACUGAUGUCCCUCGGCGACGGCAAACCCCAGGUGUUGAGCGAACUGGGCGAUAAGAUCAUUCCCACGCUGAUUCUGAUAUUCGACGGGCUGAAGCGGGCUUACGCAGCCCGUGCAGCUGAAGAGGAGGAAGAGGAAAGCGAAGAGGACGACGAUGACCUGGAAGAGGGCAUCUCCAGUGACGAGGACGAAGUAGAUGAAAUGGGUCCGUCCUACUUUGAGCGCAUAGCCAAGAUGGCCAAGGACAAGGCAGCCGAGCAAGGCUUUGAGCUGACGGCCACGAUUAAGGAUGGAAACGAUUCCGACGAUGAGGAUGAUGACGACGAUGACGAUGAUUCCGGUGACGAGAUGGAUGAAACAGCUCUCGAAGGCUUUAGCACGCCGCUGGAUGACGAAGACAAUCCAGCAUAUGUGGACGAAUACAUGGUAUUCCAGGAAGUGAUGACCAAUCUACCCAACGUAGAUCCAAACUGGUACAGCAUGCUUACCAGGAAUCUGAAACCCGAGGACGCCAAAGCACUGCAGGAGAUUCUCGUGCUGGCUGAGCAGAAAAAAGCAGCUAAACGUUCCAAGGAGAUUGAAAAUGCUGGAGGAUAUCAAUUUACCCAACAUCAAAUUCCAAGCUCGUUCAACUUUAGCGGCCAACAGUAAUGAGCUCCUUCCAUAAAUACCUCUCUUGAUGGUGUGUGUAGUGCGAGGUAAAGCAAAGAACGACUAUUUUAACGAGGAAAAUUGCAAAAAAAAUCCUGUAUAAAGAAACUCUAGGGAAAACGAAACUUCUUAAUCAAAAAAUCUAUCAAUUUGUAUCUCGUUAAGAGUAAUGUAUUUUUGUCUCGUAGUAGAAAUAGUGGAAAACAAAUACAAAAAAAUAGUUCUUUCACACAUGUAAAGAUGUAGUUCUGUUAACGGGCCAUCCAAACUACCGAGAAAGCCAAGUUGCUGAAGUUGGGAGAUUGUUUCUGUUAUCGACAAAAAAAACGAGAUCAAUUGAUGGAAUCAUUUGCGUUCCGUUCGCAUGUGUUUUAAUUACAUAUUCAUAUUAUUGUUUAUGCAUGCAUUGAGAAAAACACAUACACACAGCUAACAAAAUGAUAUCUAGAAUCGGUGCACGUAUUGCUGCGCUUAGGAAACAACAAACAAAAUAUAUCAGGGAUUACCAUCAGCAAAAGCUUGCAAAGCAGAUAAAAAAGAAUGUCAUUUUUAAGCAAACUUAUAGAUCAAACUCGCAUGCAGUCCAAGUUCCCCCAAUUAGUUCCAUAAGUUCACGUCAACUAGGAAAACCUUUGUUUAUCAUUCAAGCCGGGAACGUAUUCUCAAAAAGUUAUAGUACUGAAUAUGCUAAAACAACUAUAUUUCCGAUUAUUUGUCAAAAUUACCAUCAAUGAAACAUCCGAUAAAUGCAUCUGUUUUAUAAUUUAUUAUACAAAUCACAAUGAACAAA